ACUGUACAGUGUUUAAUGCAGUGAUAGUAGUGUCACUGUUGGGACAACUACUGAGUGAUAUCUUACUAGUGACACAUCACGAUAGAUCACAGUGCAUCUUUGAUUCAUUUUAUAUAUAGAUCAUUUACUAGAUCGCAUAAUCUAGUGAAUUACUAAGAACAUGCAACUUCUACUUCACGCAAUUACGUUAUCGAUUGUAUGUAAUGUUGCAUAUGGUAAUUCGUCCAGCAAUUUACAAUGUAAAGAUGAAAAUAAUGUAUCGGUGGAUUGGUACGUACUUUAUAAGUUGCCAAAAAUUCAGACGAGUAGUAAUCCCCUGAUUAGAGGAGGUCUCGCUUAUCUGUACAUAACGAACGCAACUAUUGGAACCGGUUGGCAAUUGUCCACUACGUCCAUCGGUUCGAACAAUUCUAUCCCUGGAAUUACAUUAGCGCCUCUUUACAAUCGUGGUAACGAAGAGAAAAAUUUCUGGAAUUUAUAUGAUGAUAAUCCGCCAAAUGCUUCUUAUGCCUGGAGUUACGGUCACACGAAGGGUGUAGUGAUGGCGAACAGCGAUCGAGGCUUUUGGUUAAUUCACAGUGUACCGCAAUUUCCACCAGUUCCGAAAGCUGGUGUACAAACUCGACCAUUAAACAAGGAAAAUAUAACUAUCGUCGGUAAAUACAGUUAUCCAGAAAGUGGAACGUUGUACGGACAAAGCUUUCUGUGUAUUUCCCUCGGUAGUGAUCAGUUCAAUAUUGUUGGAAUACAAUUAAUGUACAACGAAAUAGCAGUGUAUGCAAGAAAUAUUCCCGAUAUGCUCGAUAAACAGUAUCCAGCACUGAGAAACGCGACCAAGCAACAGCAUAUUAAAAACCCACCCUACAAUCAUAAAACUAUAAUAAAGUCUUUAGGAGAAGUUGAAUUCACUUCGUUUGCUAAAACUGGAAAGUGGGGAAAAGAUUUAUAUGGAGAUUUUAUAGCACCACAAUUACAGUCGAGUUUAUUUGUUCAGUCAUGGUUGAAUUCGAAGGGAAAGUUACCGUCAAAUUGUUCCCGUAUGAAAAUCUUCAAUGUUAAAACACUUAAAUUCGAGACAGCGAACGUAGAUUAUCCUAGUAGUCACGAUCAUUCCAAAUGGACUAUUACAGACACUACAAAGUCUACCAAACAUUGGGUUUGCAUUGGUGAUAUUAAUAGAGCUAAUACGCAGUUUACCCGAGGAGGCGGAGCUGUGUGCUUUAAGGAACCGCGCUUGUGGAGUGAUUAUCGCAAUAUCAUAAAUGACGUAGAGCCUUGUCACUAUGCGUAGAAACAUUAGGAAGAUGUUUUUAUCAAUAUGCAUCGGAAACUUGUGCAACACCAGUGUGAGGACACAAAGUAAUAACCGUCGUAUUAACUGUAGUUUACUUGCAAGUGUAUAAAGAAGAGGUCUCGGUGGCUCUUUAUUACUGUGGAAUAAGGACGAACGACGAGGAUCAGAAGCAGUUCUUAAAUUGGAUUUUAUGAAAGGCGGCAGCGACUCUUCCUGCACCGACUCUCGUUUCGUCUUUCUUUUUCUCAACCGUGCUUAUUGUCUACCUAAGGAAAUUGCAGAGUAGCUCGACGUGCCGUUAAUGAAAGAAAAAAGAAGGUAGCCGAGGUUUAGUAAGCGGAAGAAGAGAGAAACGACUUGCUCUUUAAUGAAAAUUCCGAGGAAUCGACUGAACUUCGGUCCACUCUUUAUCAGCCGUUUCAAGUUUCUCUAUCUCUUUGAUGGACUUUAUUUUAGAGAUUUCCUUUUCGAUAAACAAA